AUGAUGGACAGCAGGAUACUGGAUCCACCUCACGCCCAGUUCGGAGGCUCUCUCGGCGGGAUGGUGGGCUUCCCGUACCAUCUGGGCCACCAUCACGUUUACGAAUUAGCCGGGCAUCAACUUCAAUCUGCGUCCGCGGUUCCUUUCUCAAUAGACGGAUUACUAAAUGGUUCCUGCGCGGCUUCAGUGGGUAAUUCCAACCCCCUCUUGUCUUCGGGCUGCGGGAUGAAUGGAGAUAAUCAGCAGUACAAACUGACAGACUCGGGGGACCCAGACAAAGAUAGUCCUGGUUGCAAGAGACGAAGAACUCGCACAAAUUUCACUGGUUGGCAGCUGGAGGAAUUAGAAAAGGCUUUUAACGAGAGCCACUAUCCCGACGUCUUCAUGAGGGAGGCACUGGCUCUCCGGUUGGACUUGAUAGAAUCAAGGGUUCAGGUAUGGUUUCAGAAUCGCAGAGCCAAAUGGAGGAAAAAGGAGAACACAAAGAAAGGUCCGGGUCGACCUGCCCACAACGCCCACCCCACCACCUGCAGCGGGGAGCCCAUGGACCCGGAGGAGAUCGCCCGGAGAGAGCUGGACCGGCUGGAUAAGAAGAAGCGAAAGCAGGAGCGCCGGCUGCUCAAGUCCCAGAACAGACUCGCAGCUGGGGAUUUAUUUCAUACCCCGGGAUCCGACAGCGACAGCGGGAUGUCGCAUGUGACCGACAGUGACCACAACACUGGCCCGCCUUACGACCAUGUGGGGGGGAGCCAAUCGAGUUGCGACCAAACACCUCACUCUCUCCCUCUCCACACCCAAAAUCAGAACCAAAGACACUUGGAUCGGGAUGCUGGCGGAUCCGAGCUGGACUCGCCCGACGCCAGCCACCGGUCCAGCCUGAUGUGCUCCAACAACAACAGAGCCUCCAGCCUGCAGAAACUCAACCCUUUUAGCGUCGAGAGCCUCCUUUCGGACUCCAGACCGAGACGCAACCCCGCGGCCUUACCCUCCUCUCGGCCUUUGAUAGGGAAAGGACACUUCCUGCUCUAUCCCAUCACGCAGCCGCUUGGAUUCAUUGUUCCUCAAACUGCUCUGAAGGCAACAACAACGACAGCAACAAACUCUGACAGCGGUGCUGACAACCAGCCCGGUGUCCUGUGUGUGUCUGCGGGCUCUUCUGGAUGUAGGAGCAGCUCGCCGGACUGCGCAGACGCCGUGCCAAAGGGACAGGUGGGAUCCAAGGAAAAGACCAGUUCACCGCACACCAGCCCGUCCAGGGUCGCCUUUAGCAGUGGCAAAAGUACUCAGACUUCUGUUAUUUGCAGCGAUUCGACUUUCGCCCACGAACACGGUCCACAAGUCCUUAAGCCUGUCGAUGGAGACAGAAAAGAGCAUUUAGAGAACAAGGACAAGCCCGAGUGUGUCCACAGUGACAGUCCAGCAGACACAAAGACAGACUGUAAAGAAGAUAUCGACAUGGAAUAA